AUGUCUGGCGCAGGCCCCCCAACCCAAGUGCUGCAAGCCUUCGGCGUCUCGGGGCCAGCGACGCCAUUGAGCGGGGGCAGGAACCUGUGCUUCGCCGCCGGCAACGUCGUCUUCAAGCCAUCCGACGACGACGCUGAGUCGCAAUGGGUUGGCCAGCUUCUGUCCAAGCUGUCCGACUCCCAGCCCACAGACGCCAAUUAUCGCAUCGUCAAACCCCGACCACUGGCGAAUGACGCAACGACAUUCGUGUACGAGGGCUGGACGGCGUUUGGGCUCCUCCCCGGACGCGACGGGCCAACCGGCCACUUCGCCGACAUUCUCCAGAUCAGUCAAUCUUUCCACCACGACGUUGCAGCACUUGUUUCCGAAAAGCCCUCUUUCAUCGGGAAGCGUGGCCAUCGCUGGGACGAAGCCGAUCUCGUAACCUGGAACGAGAAGGACCUCGACGACGUCCCCGCGGUGAAUGCCGAGUUGCUUGCCUACUUCGAUGCACCGCUGACGGAGCUGCAACGGAUGAUGAAGCCGCUGACAUCUGAUGUGCCGUCGCAGCUCAUCCACGGGGAUCUCACGGGCAACGUUCUCUUCGACGACGAGGGAGGCGCUCCGCCUGGCAUCAUCGACGUGGUGUGCUACUGGCGCCCGGCUGCAUAUGCUGAAGCCAUUGUUGUAGCUGAUGGCUUGGCCUGGCAUGCUCAGGGGCGAGACCUCGUGGAGCUGUAUGGCACGGAUGAGCUUCGACUUCAGCUUCUCGUUCGAGCCCUGUACUGGCGCUGCAUAACGUUCGCGAUCGACUCGGAUAUGGACUGGAUUCGGGGCCAUAUUGCCAAGUCGGACUACCCCGGUGCUGUCGGUGUGCUGCGCGACGUCAUGGCGAGCAUAUGA